AUGACCAAGCCUGCGCGCUACAACUUCAAGACGCGCCAUGUUGCGCACCCGGAUGCUAUUGUCGCGGGCGACAAGUACAGGUUCACCAUCUUGACCGACGGCCUGCUGCGCUACGAGUGGGCUGAGGACGGCAAGUUCGAGGACAGGGCAUCAACUUUUGCCGUCAAUCGCAGGCUGGCUGUGCCGGACUUUUAUGUUUGGGACCGCGGCCACGGCAUCGAGAUCGUGACAAAGCGCUUCCACGUCGUGUACAACAAGAAGAAGUUCAGCGCAGACGGCUUCAAGAUCACCCUCAAGGGCGCUGUGACAGGCACCUGGACGUACGGAGAAGAACUGUCCAACUUGGGCGGCACCACACGCACAUUGGACGGUGUCAAUGGAAGGACAAACCUGGAGAAGGGCGUUCUGUCGCGAGAUGGAAUGGCCGUCCUGGACGACACCAAGUCCAUGUUAUUCGAGGAGGAUGGCUGGAUUGCGCCGCGCAAAGGAGGCGAGAGGUCAGAUCAGUACAUCUUCAUGUAUGGUCGCGACUACCGGGAAGCGAUCCGCGCAUACUACGCCGUUUCCGGCAGCCAGCCUCUGCUCCCACGGUACGCCAUGGGCAACUGGUGGAGUCGCUACCACGCAUACGACGAGAAGGAGUACCUCGAGCUCCACGAUCACUUCAACAAGGACGAUGUGCCGAUAAACGUGGCGGUGAUUGAUAUGGAUUGGCACUUGGUGAACAAUCUGCCUGAUAACAUGUACGGCUGGACCGGAUACACUUGGAACAAGAAAUUGUUCCCAGAUCCAGACAAUUUCAUGAAGAAGCUGCAUGAUCGUGGCAUGAAGAUUACGCUCAACUUGCACCCAGCGGAUGGCUUCAGAUUCUUCGAGGAGCAGUAUCCAAGGGUAGCGAAGUAUAUGGGCAUAGACCCUGCGACUAAGCAGACGAUUGAGUUCGACUGCACCAGCAAGAAGUUCAUGGAUGCGUACUUCGACAUUGUACAUCACGAGCACGAGGACCGCGGCGUUGACUUCUGGUGGAUUGACUGGCAGCAAGGGAACCAGUCGAAGAUUCCUGGUGUUGAUCCGCUGUGGGUGCUGAACCAUUUCCAUUUCUUAGACAAAGGUCGCGGCUCUCAAAGACCAUUGAUCUUCUCGCGUUUCGGUGGACCUGGUGCGCAGCGCUAUCAGAUUGGAUUUUCUGGAGAUGCUAUUAUCACAUGGGAUUCAUUGCACUUCCAGCCUGAGUUCACCGCAACUGCUUCGAACAUCGGCUAUGGAUGGUGGAGCAACGACAUUGGUGGACACACACAUGGCUACAAGGACGACGAGCUGUACACUCGCUGGGUGCAGCUAGGUUGCUGGUCGGCCAUCCUGCGUCUACAUUCUGACAACAAUCCAUUUAACACGCGCGAGCCGUGGCGCUUCAGUGACGAAGCCUGUGGUAUCGUUGAAGAUACGUUGCGCCUUCGUCACCGCUUGAUUCCAUACCUCUACACCAUGAAUGCGCACUCCGCAUCUGACGACGAGCCACUGAUCCAGCCAAUGUACUGGGACUACCCAGAAGUUGACGAAGCCUACAGCGUACCAAACCAGUACCGCUUUGGUAGUGAGCUCAUUGCUGCGCCUAUCACACAGCCGCGCGACGUAAAGACUAAACUUGGCGCGGCAAAGAUGUGGCUUCCGGCUGGGAAGUUCGUCGACAUCUUUACUGGUGUAGUGUACAACCGCAAGGGCGAGCUUCAGGUCCACCGUCCGUUGCAUUUGACUCCCGUCCUCGCUCCUGAAGGUGCCAUUGUCCCACUCGACGGAGCAUGGCGUCCGAAAUCCGGCUCGCCAAACCCCGAAUCACUGGAGAUCCUCGUAGUCAUCGGCGCAGACGGAUCCUUCACUCUCCUCGAAGACGACAACAGUGGCACCCACGUCGACGACGGCGGCUUCAGCAUGAUCGAGUUCGACUCCGAAGGCAUUGAAUCCAGCAGCGACGAAAACAACGUGAAAUUUGUCUCUACGCCCAUCACCUACAAGCAAAGCACCGGCGUGCUCAAAAUCGGCCCCGCAGACGACAGCAAGGCCGCCGUGAUUCCCAAGAAGCGUGACUGGAAAAUUCGCCUCCUCGCCUAUACCCCCGAACACGCGUCAGCCAUAACAUGCCUCACCACCUCGGCCACAAAGAAACACCACGCCAAACAUCUCUCCCAUAAACUCUCCACCGAUUCCAACGGCACCCUCAUCACGCUGACCUCCGUCCCCACCGACCAUGCCAUCAUCAUCGAACUUGGCGCCAAGAGCAGCCCGCAACUCGAUAUCGUGGACCCCAUACGCCGCAUCGAGGACUUGAUUGACAAGGCGUGCAUCCGCAUGGACGAGAAGUGGGAUCUCUGGGCGACUAUGAACAAUGGCGAGAGCACGCUGAAUAAGGUUAGGGGGCUGCAGGGCAAGGACUAUUUGAAGAAGGAGAUGCUGGAUGCGAUGUUGGAGCUUAUGUUGGCGGAUGAGCGGUUUGCGGGCGGGGAGGUUAUGGAGAUGGAAUUGUGA